CCUCUCCACUUCACUCACCUCGCCUUGAACCCCAGACCAACAAAGCAUGCUUCUUUUGUCUGUACAUACCUUACCUUUUAUGUCAAAUUCAGAAGGUCUGACAAGAGCAAUCUUUUGAGGGGAGAAAUACAAACAAUGGUAGCCUAUCAGAGGUAACCGGAUGACGAGCCCACUAGCCAGCUUAACGCUCGAUCUUAGUCCGAACUACUGUUGCGCCGCAUCAUUGAUCAGACGUACCGCCGACUCAGACCAACCGACUUGUCCGCGUGCCCGGCUUAAAAACUAUUUGAACCUCGCAACAUCUUGGAAUAGUCCUCUUUCUGUUACUUUAUUGGUCCCCUCUGCCUUUUCCACCAUAAAGGCUACAGCGGGCUCCGCGCCGGCCGCCGCGUCUCCUCAGAUUCAUAUCCCGCCAUGGCGCAGAGCAACCCGCCCGAGUUCAUCCUCGAGGCAUUUGCCGAUCCCACCACAGUACAAGAUGUAGUUCGCGGUAUCCUACAUACAAUAUUCUUCCAUCGCUUCUUCCCGACCCUGACCCCGCAGACGCGCGACGUCCUGGACCUGACCCUACCCCUGGUCGACGACGUCGAGCUCGAGACCAUGAUCGACCAGCGCGUCGCCGCUCUCGCCCGCCAGCUCGACAAGCAGCCCCACGGCGGCGGAGGCUCCUCUGGCAGGGGCCAGAUCUCGGUCCAGUUCUUCGAGAAGAAGCGCCGCAAGACCUGGCUCGCCAUGAGGGGCGAGGAGGAGGUCUGCUGGGAGUGCUGGACCGUCAAGGUCACGGUGGCUGAGCCCAGGACUGAGAGUGAGCGCGCAAAGGUCCGCAAGGCUACCGAGGCUACCUUGCUGGCCAGCACCAUGAAAAUCAUUACCUUUGUCAACACACAUAAAGAUCACAUACCGCCCAUAACUACCACCAACGCAAAUCCUUUCCCAUAUCAGAUAUCUGUCAAUCAGCAAGAGUCUGGCUGGACCGGAAGGAUACAGGGAAUGUAUUGAUACGAGAGGGUCUCCCCGAGGGAACAGUUCAACAGACGGUUACGGUUACAUGGUAGUAUCACAGAAGUAGAGUAAUAAAUGGGACACAUUUGAGGGUUGCAAUUCCCAAUUACCAAA